AUGGUAAGUAGCACGGAUAGCACUGAGAGCAAGCUUUCGGAGAAAGAUAGGAGUGUAUUCUUCGCUUGUCAGGAUUCAUGCUUAUAUACGAAGCACAGGUCAUACGACCUCCAAACAGGUCAGGUGAGGCCAUACUGGCCCGUUCUGGGACAUCCGGCCUUACAGUAG